AUGGUUAGCAACGCCUUUUUUGUUUACGGCAUCUUGACAUUGCUUAACCUGUGGGCCGCGUUUCUCUACUUUGCGUCGACCAAUGCUGCUAAUGAUGGCAUUUCUAGAGCUCAGCUUAACAAGAUGAAUACAACGACUGCACUAACCGCUGAGGAUAAUGUUGCGCAGCUCGAGGACAUGGACGUGAAUGAUGAGGUUGAGAACCUUGAAACAGAUUUCCAUCCGCAUGCCGAUAGAUCGAAUAUGGACUAG